UACAAUGGACAAAAAAGUAGUUUUCUGUAUGUAAAUUGAAUAAUUUAAUUCAAAAAUAUGUUUAAAAAAAUAUUUUUUUAUCUUAAUCAAUUUUUGGAAAUGUGAACAACAAUAGGGAAAGAAAAUAAAACAUUUUUAACGCUCUUUUUUUUUUAGCCCCGCCUUGAAUCUUUUUGUGCUUAAUUUUAAAAAUAGUUCUUACAUCAAAUUGGGGGGGGGCAUUCUUGGCCUGUCGUGUCAUCAGCAUCCAGCCCUGAUGGAGCGGGCAUGCGCACGGCCUUUCCAACACAGCUGAGGAGGAGCGCUUCUUUUCCUUUUUCUUUCUUUUUCUCCUGUUGUUCGUUCCUUUUCUUUACAGGAUGCAUUUCCCCCCCAAUCUAAAGGAAAUUAAAACACAUCUUUAUGUUUGUGUCGACAUCCCAUUUCUUGCCACAAAGCAGUUUGACCCUCUAAACUAAUAUUUUGCUCCUCAUCUUAUGGACGCACCUAAUAUGAUAUUUCACCCACGCCCGCAGACAUGCCUGCUGCUGCCGCUAUGUUUAAUGUAUAAAGCAGCCUUAUAGCAGAUUGAAGUGUGGAUGAUAAAUAUGCAUGUAUUCAAUUAAGGGUAUUACAGGGGAGAUGCUUUGCAUGAAGCUUUAGGAGCUUAACAUCAUAUUUGUUCAAUAAAACUUCUGCAAAGCUGCAAUGUGAGUUUUAGAAAUGGAACAGGUAGUCUUUCUUUUUUUAAACUUUUUAAAUAAAGUUUUUUUUUUUUUUUAUGCACCGAUUUGCUCGUUUGGAUCCGCAGCUGCAGUUUGCGCCUGUCCUGAUGGCUGCGUGGAGUUUCAAUUCGCUUUCAAACCAAACAAACCUCAGCCCUCUCUCUCUUCCGGGCCCCUCAACACAUCCUCUGAUGACGAAGUCCACCUCCCCCUCACCCUCCACCCAGUCCCCAUUAAGAGCAGAGAGCUAAUUAGAAGGCGCGGACCCGGGAUCAGGUCAGCGUCUGGAGAUGCUGGGCUGCAAAUGAUUGCGACUCACUGCAAGUUCAAGAGAUGAAGGGCGCUCUGGGGAAACUGCACGCACAGCUAGAAGUGCCCACAUUAUCCGGACGCAUUACAAAAAAUACCAGUAAAGUUAUUUUUGAACAAACUCUAAAGAUAAAUUGCGCUUUUUUAUUUCAAAGUUGUUUCUCUCAAUAUUUCCCCAGAAUGUUUCGACAAAAACGACAAAUCAGGGCUCGACUCACAGAAAUCACAUUUGUAUUUAGUUUUCAAUGUUUUGACCCCUGAGAAUAAUUAAACAAGCUGAAUUUACAACUUUCUACAGACGUUUUCAGUGAAAUGUAUUGUUUCCAAAGUGAAAUAAUUUGACUUUUUUUCUAAAUCUUAAAUAUCUGUGAAUUGAAACACCAAAAGAAGAAGAAGAACGCCGCGCGGGCUUGUUUUUGCCCCGCGUUUGUUUUGGAAAACUCCAUGCAAGUUGCGCACUGAGCCCUUUGACGUCCUGGAGAGGCGCUGAGCGGCGGCGGCGGCGCGCCUCCGUUUGGAGUGAGAGUCCCUGCAGAUCGCUGCGACGCGCAAACACACUCAUCCACGCGCGCGCGCAGGCUGCCUGCAUCUCAGAAACAUUAUCCCCAGCUCUGGCUCCUAUCUGUCGGACCUUUUUCAAGCUGCUGCUGCGGGUUGGUGGUGGUGGUGGUGAGGGGGGAAUGGUUGGAAAAGUGGCCGGUGGUCCGUGCGUAACGACGAGCAAAAGAGGCCGCUGCUGUCGGCAAAAAAGUACAACCAAAUAGUUCGUUGACGGCUAAACAGCCAAUCAUCAUAAAAUGUGCGUCGUGACGCAACAGGGCCCCAUAGAUAAGGAGCUGAGAGUCCAACCGGGGACCUGAGAAGGAGGAUCGUGGUUUUUGGGGGUCCAGCAAAAAAAAAUCUUCCGUCAACGUAAAGUCAACUCCUCCUCCUCCAGCUCUUCUGCUGUUACGCGCAUGCAUGCAGCCUCUUUGGCAAAAGACUAAACUUAAACUGAGCAUCUGUAAAGGGAAGCUGCUGCUCUCACAGCACCGGCGGGAUUUUACAAAGCCAAGGCCGCGUGUUUUGAAGCUGUUGUUUUUUCUUCUUCCAUUUUUCUCUGCUGCGUAAAACUCUUUUGAGCGACAUCCCUCAGCAUCCGCUUGGACUGUUACGCCCGGAGGAGAGCAGACGCAGCGCCUGUCAUUUUUUAAUUUUUAUUUUGUAAAUACCGUUUUUAUUGUCCGACAAAAGGCUGCAGCUCAGACUUUGGCGGUGUCACGCGUAGAAAAAGAGGAUUUUUUAAAUUUAUUAUUAUUAUUUUGCAGACCGCCGAAAGCCUGAAAUUUGAUUUAACGAGGAGGUUCCAACUGAGGCUUCCCUGCGUUCCUCCUGAGUGAGAAACACACGAAAUCAUUAGAAAGCAAUCAAAUAAAUUAAGAGAGAAAUAAAAUUGGAUGAAUCGGUGCGGCCAUUAACGAAUUAGCCAUAGCUUAUUAAUAAUGAGAGCUGCUGAGAUUCGGAAGAUGGUUUCCAUUGGCAGAUGAAACGGAGUGAGGAGAACACGUGUCCGAUUUUUCCCUCACAUUUUCCCUCCCUGAUCUGGAUUUUUCACCUCUCCGCGGAAGAAAGGAAAUCUCCCCCAAACAGAGCGUUCUCUGCGCCGCUAGAGUUCUGCCUCUGAUGGACAUCUUGGCUUGCAGAUCCGAAGAGAACAGUUAUAACAUCCUCCCCUCUGCGGCGACCAUGCUUUUCCACAGCCUCCCGGGAGGCGACGUGCACGGCGUGGUGGAAGAAAUGGACCGGAGAGGAAAGGGCGAGUCAGCAGCCAUCAGCUCCGCCAUCGAUAUGGGAGAGUCGGAGACGCCCAUGCCCUGCAUGACCAGCGAGCGCGUGGCCCUGUGCGCGGGCUGUGGCCGGAAGAUCGCGGACCGCUACUACCUGCUGGCCGUGGACAAGCAGUGGCACAUGCGCUGUCUGAAGUGCUGCGAGUGCAAGCUCAACCUGGAGUCCGAGCUCACCUGCUUCAGCAAGGACGGCAGCAUCUACUGCAAAGAGGACUACUACAGAAGAUUUUCGGUGCAGAGGUGCGCCCGGUGCCAUCUGGGCAUUUCCGCGUCGGAGAUGGUGAUGCGCGCGCGGGACCUGGUCUACCACCUGAACUGCUUCACCUGCACCACGUGUGGCAAAAUGCUGACCACCGGAGACCACUUUGGCAUGAAGGACAGCCUGGUGUACUGUCGCUUGCACUUUGAGACUCUCAUCCAAGGAGAAUAUCAGACUAAUUUCAACCACGCGGACAUUGUGCCGCACAAAGGCCUGGGCCCGGCCAAUACGCUCGGACUAUCCUACUUUAACGGCUUGGGAACGGUGCAAAAAGGGCGGCCCCGGAAGAGGAAGAGUCCGGGGCCCGGGGCCGAGCUGGCGGCUUAUAACGCAGCGCUGAGCUGUAACGAGAACGACGGCGAGUCCAUGGACAGAGACUCCCAGUACAGCUCCAGUCAGAAGACCAAGCGCAUGCGGACGUCCUUCAAGCACCACCAGCUGCGGACAAUGAAGUCUUACUUUGCCAUCAACCAUAACCCGGACGCCAAGGACCUGAAGCAGCUGGCCCAGAAGACCGGCCUCACCAAGCGGGUCUUACAGGUCUGGUUCCAAAACGCUCGGGCUAAAUUCCGGAGGAAUCUUCUGCGCCAGGAGACCACCGGUGUGGACAAGACGUCUGAAGGCUCCACGCUACAAGGCGGAACGCCCUCCGGCCCGGCCUCUGAAAUCUCCAACGCCUCCAUGAGCCCCUCUAGCACCCCCACCACCCUGACAGACUUGACCAACCCCACCAUGCCCACGGUCACCUCCGUCCUCACCUCGGUGCCGGGCGGCAUGGACGUCCACGAGUGCAGGAGCCCGUCACAGACCACGCUGACCAGCCUAUUCUGAUGGUCGGAGCGCCGCCCUGCCUCCCCCACCCACUGAGACUCCUUCCAGCCACGGACUGUCUAAAACUGAGCACUGUUCACACCUUCAAACUUUACACAAAUUAGAACAGAGAGCGAAACGAACACACUAGGCGACAAAGAAAAAGGAUUUCUGUGAGUCUAUUAGAGACUGUUUGCAUAGUGAUGCAGCCGAGCCUCACAGAUGGAACAGUUGUUAUUUUGAUGUUGUCUUGUUGAGAACUGAGGGGCUUCAUUGGCAUUUUUCAGCAUUUACAGAGAGACCGUAGAGAAAAAGAAAAAAAAUAAUUUCUUUUUUUUUUAAACAAUCUUUUGUUUUUUUCCCCAGCACAGUAUUUAUGUUGUUGUCCAAGAGUCACUGUUAGAAGGAUUGUACAAAUUCUUUCUGUUUAUUUUUUUUCCAUUUUUUGGGAAAUUUGAGAUUAAACAGGUUACAACAUCCCACGUGUCCCAUGUGCUUUCGAAAGUGCCUCAAAGAAAAAGAAUCAAUUGGAUGAUCGCAGGAAAGGGAAAACUCUGCACCACUAUUACACGUGUGUGUUAAUUGUGCCUGUGUGACCAUAGAAAUAAUCUGUAGAGUUUUGGCUUAUGAUUCUAAGCUUCUCAAUAAUACAAAAAUAGUAUUUGUAACAAACAAUUUGGUUUAAGUGACACUUCAGUCUAAAGAAAUUGGUGGGCAAAUGUAGUCUUCAAAUGAGUUCAGAAGGAAAUCUAAUGCAAAACAUUUAUUAAUUUGACUGAAAAUUCUAAUUCUAUUUGCAGAUUUUCUUUAAAAAAGUAAAAAAAAAAAAAAAA